CUUCCUACUUCUGUAAACGCGUUCACGGCAUAGACAUAAUGGUACGGGACCAACAAACCGAAAGUGACAUGGAGAAAAAAGACACAGCAUAAUUUGCGCACACGCCGUUUAUGUGUACAAGCAUGACAUGGCCACGAUUGACAUUAAGUGAAGUCACCUAUUCGCGCAUAUAAAAGCAAACCACAAUUGAAGAAAGGUACAUAACCUACUCAGUUUCUACUUAAGUGGCAAAAUUAACCUUCGAAAAUGGGCAUCAUUGCUUCAACACUAUUUUCACGUUUCUUUGGGAAGUAUCAGAUGAGAAUUCUGAUGGUGGGUUUGGAUGCUGCGGGGAAGACUACAGUCCUGUACAAACUAAAACUAGGAGAAGUUGUCACAACAGUCCCCACUAUCGGGUUCAACGUGGAGACUGUUGAGUACAAGAACAUUAGCUUUACUGUGUGGGAUGUGGGUGGCCAGGACACCAUCAGACCUCUGUGGAGACACUACUAUACCAACACUCAGGGUAUCAUUUAUGUGGUGGACAGCAAUGACCCUGAGAGAAUAAAGCUGGCUGCUGAGGAGCUACACAUGAUGCUGGAGGAAGCAGAACUACAGGAUGUGGUUCUACUGGUGUUGGCCAACAAGCAGGACCUGCCUCAUGCCAUGACUGUCUGUGACAUCACAGACUCUCUGGGCCUGCGGACCCUCAAAACACCUUGGUUGGUCCAGGCCACAUGUGCAACCCAAGGCACGGGGCUUACAGAGGGAUUGGAUUGGCUUGCUGGACAGAUCACCAACCACUAGCACUCACUCUGACAUACUAAUAAGUCAGAUACAACAUAAUUGCACUUCAGUUAUUGGAGAAUAAUGGGGUUGUU